UAUUAUAUUAUUUUCAUCAUGACAGUUGAACUGAAAAAAUUUUUGUACCAAUUAUUGACAAGUGUGGAAGGACUGCACAGUAUUUUGAUAACUGACCGUGAUGGAGUACCAGUUGUGUCAGUAUCUACAGAUACGGCUCCAGAGUUGGCAAUGAGAGCAAGUUUCCUGUCAACUUUUGGAAUGGCCACGGACCAGGGUAGCAAGUUGGGUUUAGGGAAGAAUAAAACUAUUAUGUGCAUGUACAGUAGCUACCAGGUAAUCCAAAUGAAUAAAUUACCUCUCGUGGUCAGUUUCAUAGCAUCGCAAUCCUGCAAUACAGGACAUAUUCUGGCGCUUGAAAACCGUAUUGACCCGAUCCUAUGUAACUUAAAAUGCGCUGUCGUGGAAGCCUGA